GUUCUUUCUAGUAGGAUUCGGAUUGUAAAUGACCGGACUGACGAGCCCCAGGUGAGAUAAAAUCGCAGAGGUAAACCAGGAGCUACAACUCGUUUGUAAGGAUCCUAUAUCGGCUUACAAGCUCAUCUAGCAGCCUCCAGCCCUCUCCCGUCACAAUGGUCAACGAGUCGGACUCUGUCAGUCCCAGCCACGCUCUGUUUGACUGCUUUGUCCAGGCGCAGACGUGUAAAGAGACGCAGCAGAACUUCAUCGAACUCUGUCGCCACCUGAAGGUCGAGCCCAGAGACUACAGCAAGCUGAAGGACAGACUCAACUACUGGAAAGCCAAAGACAUCUGGCAGAAGAUCGACAAGAGAGCCGCCCAUCCCGACUAUGGACUGGGUCAGACAUGUCAUCAAAACAAGUGUUUAGUGGUGGGUGCGGGUCCAUGUGGUCUAAGGACAGCAAUCGAAUUGGCUCUGCUAGGCGCUCAGGUAGUUGUACUGGAGAAAAGAGUGUCUCUUGUGAGGAAUAACGUCCUGCAUCUGUGGCCGCACACCAUUCGAGACCUUCUCAACCUCGGUGCGAAGAAAUUCUAUGGCAGAUUCUGCAGUGGAUCAAUUCAUCACAUAAGUAUCCGUCAGUUGCAGUUGAUUCUGUUGAAACUGGCUCUGAUUUUGGGGGUCGAGGUGCACACAGGUGUGACCUUUAAUGGUCUGCUUGAACCAUCAGGAUCUACAGGAUGGAGGGCACAGGUGUCUCCUGAGUCCCACACAGCUGCUGCUUUUGAGUUUGAUGUCUUUAUUUCAGCUGGAGGGGGAAGAUAUGUGCCUGACGGUUUUAAGAUAAAGGAGCUCAGGGGAAAGUUGGCCAUCGGUAUCACUGUAAACUUCAUAAACCGCCGCACCCAACAAGAGGCUCAGGUGCAGGAGAUAAGCGGCGUGGCACGAAUAUACAACCAGCAAUUCUUCCAAAAGCUCCAUUCUGACAUCGGCGUUGAUCUAGAGAAUAUUGUCUACUACAAAGAUGAUACUCACUAUUUUGUGAUGACUGCAAAAAAGGGGAGUUUGUUAAAAAAAGGAGUUCUAAAACAGGACUUUGUUGAUGUCGAUCAGCUGCUCGCACCCUCAAACGUCGACCGGGAGGCCCUGCAGGAGUACGCUUACGACGCUGCUGACUUCUCCACAUAUCACAGGCUGCCGGACCUGGAGUUCGCCAAGAACCACGCGGGCUGUCCGGACGUGGCCAUGUUUGACUUCACCUGCAUGCACAGGGCAGAGAACGCCUCUCUGGUGAAGGAGAGGAAGGGGAAGAGACUGCUCAUCGCGCUGGUGGGAGACUCUCUAGUAGAGCCGUUUUGGCCUCUGGGCACUGGCAUUGCUCGAGGUUUCCUGGCUGCGUUUGACACGGCAUGGAUGGUCAGGAAUUGGGGGAAAGGUGUGCCACCCCUGGAGUUGUUGGCGGAGAGGGAGAGCAUGUAUAAGUUACUCUCUCAAACGACUCCAGAAAACAUCAGCAAGAAAUACGCCGCCUACAGCAUCAAUCCAGCCACACGUUACCCGAACAUCAGCCGGUGCUCUAUCAAACCCGCACAGGUCAAGCGUCUGUAUGACAUAGAGGAUGGUAAAGCCAAGAAACAGCCGAAACCCAUCGUAAAAGUGAAACCUAAAAGAGACUCUAUCAGGCAUCUGGAGGAUCUGCUGUCCUGGUGUCAGAAGAACACAGCGGGGUACAAACAUGUGAAGGUGAAAGACCUGAGUGAGUCCUGGAGGUCCGGCAUGGCUCUCUGCGCUCUCAUUCACAACUUCAGACCCAAACUCAUUGACUUGUCUAGUCUAGAUGAGCAUAAUGUCAUCAGGAACAAUAAGUUGGCCUUUGACCUCGUGGAGAGAGAGUUUGGGAUCCCUCCUGUCAUGUGUGCCAAUGAAAUGAUCAGCUGUGGGAAGAUUGACCAGCUCUCUAUGGUCUUCUACCUCACACAGAUACGAAACGCUCUCACUGAGAAAGAGAGCCCAGCAGAGUGCUCCAUCAGCCUCUCUCCCAACAACACCCUCUCGCUGUCCAGAACCCGCUCGGCCACCUCCUUCCUCAACACGCUCAAUCGCAACUCUCUCAAAAGACGCAAGGACCGACUGGCAUCGGAGAGAAGACCAGGACUGCAAAAGAUGAAGGAAAAAGAGGAGGAAAAGGUUGUGAAAGAGGAAGAACCUGUGGUGCCCAUGUCCUCUUCAGAGGUGGGCAGCAGUGAGCUCUGUUAUUUCUGCAACAAGCAUCUGUACGUGCUGGAGAGAGGAAGUGCAGAGGGCAAGUUCUUCCAUCGCAGUUGUUUCAACUGUUAUCAGUGCGGCUCCACUCUGCGGCAGGGCGGAUACACUUUCUACUCCGACAUGGGGAGAUUCUACUGCGAGUUGCACUCAAUAGCCGAGGAAGAGGAGGGUGAUGAUGGUCACAGAAGAUCACAGAAUAAUGCUGAAAGUGGCCUUAAUGAGGAGGAUGAGAAGGAGAAAACUCAAAAUGGUAAACCCGUGGGGAUUUCCUCCCCACCUCCACACUUCUCCGUACGAAGGAAGGGCUCGUAUAAGAGCUCUGUUGAUCCUGACUUUGAUGAAUUGGCUGAGUGUUUUACUCCCACAGAGCAAAAAGACCAACCGCCUUCUAUCGCUCAUGAACCCAGCAAACUCUCAGAGCUCAAUCCGGAGGGCACGGCCAUCGAGAAACAACAAAAUAACGGCAGUCCAUCCGUUCCAGUGCCGGCCCCGCGAGCCUCCAAAGCUCCUCUCCCAAAGCCUCGCAAUGUUCAUAAUGUAGUGCCUCAACCCUCACAUACGCCCAAGGGAUCAGAAAUCCUGCUCAGCCAGGAUUCCGACACUGAGACGCCCGUCCGGUCUUCUGCCGCCUCUUCCUCCAAGCAACACAAAGGAGGUGAGGAGGAGGGCUACCGGAGCGGAGGCACUGCGACCGAGAAGAGCUUGCUGGACCAGCAGAACCGGCGCUGCAUUAGAAAGAAGAGCGAACCGCAACCUUCCACAGAGCCACAACGAGGAAAGAUGCGCUCCAUGUUUUCCCCGUGGAAUCGGUCUUCACCUCGACUGCAGCGUUUCCGUUUCCUCCAAUUCGCACCUUCAGGACAAACUCAACCAGAUUAUUAUGCAAAGGAUGAUAAUGAAGAAGGGGUUGAUGACGACGAAGAGGAGGAUGAAGAGGUUCUUACAAGAGAAGAGCAUUAUUUGGAUUGCAAGGGGGCUGAUUUUGAGAUUUCGGACUCUGAGAAACGAGACCUAAAGAGGAUUAAAACCCUGCAGCGGAAAGCAAGGCUGAGCGAAAUCCACCGCUACCACAGAGCUCAGACGAUUCAGAGACGUCUGGAUGAGAUAGAAGUGAACAUUAAAGAGCUGGAGGAGAAAGGAGUGGAGCUGGAGAGAACUUUGAGAGGAGAGGCUGGUUCAGACCCAGAAACGAUUGAUCAGUGGAUUGAUCUGGUCCAGGAGAAGAACAGUCUGCUCUCAGAGGAGUCCGAUCUCAUGGUGGCGUCUCGACAGCUGGAGCUGGAAGACAAACAGAGCAUGUUAGAGAUGGAGCUGCGGAGAUACAUGGAAAUGGAUGAUUCUGAGAAAAGCCCUGAGCAGCGAGAACAUGAGAGUCAGGUCCUGCAGGAGAUGCUGGACGUGGUGGACAUGAGGGAUUCACUGGUGGCCUUCCUGGAGGAGAAGAGGCUGAAGGAAGUGGAUGAUGAGUAGCUCCGUGCUGGAGGCCGCAGCAUCCCAGGUGCUCUGGGACUAAGACACCACAACACCGUAAUAGAGUAGUUCACCAUUUACUCAUCCUCAUGCCGUUAUAAACCUUCUA